UGUCAUUCAAGGGGUGUGGGGAGGGGAGGGAGUGCUAUUGAGCUGGUAUACCAAGUAGGUGAAAAGGAAAGCCAGGAGGAAGGGCCAAAUCCCGAGCCCUACAAAUACGUGAAGAAAUGCAGAAGUUGAGGCAAUGAAUGGAAGAGCCGUUAUACCACCAAAGGUCCUCUGAGGAAAAAGAAAGCAAGAAUUAGUCAAGUGGGCUUGCUGCAAAACAUUUGCCUUCUCUUUGGUCUGGGGGUGAAAUUGAGAACUUGGCGCUGGCAUUUUUCCUAGGAACUUUGCCAAGAAGAGUCAUUUCUCUUUCUGCAGGAUCAGUCCCAACAGGGAUCAAAACUGGCAUAUACCGUUUCUGGGGUCAACUCUCUAGGAGGUCCUUGAAUCAAGUGAAGUCUGAGCUGCUCCCAGGUCCAUAUCAAAGUUAACAUGAAGACUGGGGUAUCUCUUGUAGUCCUGACGUUUUGGCUCGUCUUGGCCAACAGCCUGAAAUGUCACAAGUGCCUGAACAGGCAAGGGAACUGCUCUGAAACAGAAGUGGAGGUUUGCAAGCCCGGCCAAGACUCUUGCUUUUUUGAGAUCAAGAGAUUCACUGGUUUGAAUGCAGACACAGCAAAACAGGGCUGCGGUCGGUCAAACUAUUGCCGUCACUAUCCAGGAGGGUUUAGAGGUUUCUUGUUCCGGAGGAUGCAUUGUUGUUCCACAGAUCUCUGCUUACCUGUGACCUAUCAUGCUAGUAGUGAAGGGUCCAAAAACGGUGUGGAGUGCCAGAGCUGUAUUGGGAAUGCAACCGAAUGUGGCCAGAAUGCUCCCUCAGAGCCGUGCAUUGGGACACAGGACACAUGUGUGCAAAUAUCCCAGCGCUUCCUGCCAGGUGAAGGACUAGAACCCAUCAUCAAAGGGUGUGGAAAUGAUUCCUUUAAGGAUGUUCAGGUGGUGUACCAGAUUGGGAACAAUUUUGCCUAUGUCGAUCAAAAAGUCUGUAAAGGCUCCAACUGUAAUAACAGAACUUACUCAGUCAUCCCUGCUGGGGAUCCCAACGGAUUGCAGUGUUAUACUUGCCAGGAUACAGGGCUCGGAGAGUGCACCCGGGAUAAACUGCAGCUCUUGAACUGUACAGGAGUCAUGGAUCGAUGUGUGCAUGUCAGGAACCAAGAGAACCGAAGUGUGACCAUCCAGAAGGGCUGUGGCACGCAGACCAUGUGCACGGCUUACCUAGAGAUUUAUCACCCACUGAUCUGGAUGGAUUCCUUCGCAGAAUGCUGCAAAACCUCCUUCUGCAACCGAGCAGCUGGCCCUUCGGCACCGGAGAGGCUUCCAGGGAUGGUGGCUCUGGCUUUAUUGCUGGCACGGAUGGCCUGGAAAUAGCUGAUCUUGUCUGGAUCAGCUCUCUGUAAAAGAUUGUGGCUGGUCGCCUUUGGGGGGUAUGCAUUUCUGGCAUCUGCAGUUUGAAUUGCUGAACUGGCAAUGGUGUUUGUAUGAUUUAAAAAGCUGUCUCUGGUCUCAGGCUAGUAGCAUAAAAACAUGCCCACGAGGAUGCUGAAAUGCCGUGCGAAACCAAACCAACCCCAAUUUUUCUGCAGGGCGUUUUCUCUCCAGUAGGGGGAACUAUGCUGUUUUCUGUUAAGAAAAUGUUGCCGGCCCUGCUUGAAAUACAUUAUA